CAACGGUCUAGCCCGAACACGACCACGAGCAAGCCACCGUCUGUAUUGGCCUCCCCGAAAUACUCUCUGAAAUAAUAUCAACUACCUACGCUAYAUCAACACGAUGUCUGUUCCGUCCGUCGCCAUGUCGUCCGUUUGCGUGGCCCUGGCCGUUUUCGGUCUCGCCGCUUCCGUGCCUGUCGAACAACAACAACCACAGCAGCAACGUCAAGAGGACGGCGCGGUAUCUGUCGGAUUCGGYACGGUCCUGUGGUCGGUGUUGGACGACUGUUUCGGCGACGGCGACGCGGCCGAACCAGCCACAGUGUGCCUCAAGUCCAAAGCGCUGACGGCCCUUGACCGGGCACUCGGCARGCCAGCCCUGACCGUCGCGGACGGCGUGACGCUGACCGCCCGAGCAGGCAAGUCGCUGGCCGUCGACCCACAAGCCGACCGGGCUGAUCGCGCCGCCCUGGACGCUGCACCGGACGCCGACAGCAAGAACGCCCUGCUGGACGACAUGCUGGCCAGCCGCAUGGACAGGCUCAUGUCCACCAGGACCAUCGUGCUGGACGGGGCCGGCCAAGAAGGUCGGAAGAAGAAAGACAAGGCCAUGCAUCAGGCCAUGAUGAUGGCCGGUAUGAUGGCCGCGGCGGUCAUGGGCCCGAUGGCGUUCAAGAUGUUGGCGUUGAUCGCCGGCAAGGCGCUGUUGUUGAGCAAAAUCGCGUUGGUGCUGUCCGGCAUCGUAGCGCUCAAGAAGCUUCUCCAACCGCAACAGGGAGGACACGAAACCGAGUCGGUGUCCCAUCACUACGGCCGUAGCUUGCAGAAGCUCGAAGCUCACGACGUGGCUUACUCGGGCCAAAAGCCGCAGUAGACAUAAGUUGUCGUGUGAUGCUUGGCGCGUUACAUUUUAAUAUUAUUUAUUUACGCGUGUGCUACUAUUAAUUUAUUAUUUAUUUAUUAUUUCAUAAUACUCUGACCGCGUUGUUUGUACGAAUCAAACCGGCCGGUCUGUGAAUGAAAAUUGAAUUCGUUCAAAUGUCGCACUCGUGUUGUCUUUUGAAAACUAUUAUAACCGUUGUCUUAUAUUAACAAUUAUUAUUACUGAUGUUUGUGUUGUUAUAGACACAUAUAGAUCUGAUAAAGAAAAAAAAUCAAAAUGUUUAAUUAUUUCGUCUGUAUGUUGUCACCUAUAGCCAUUUAUUGUCACCAUAACAUAAAAAUCUGGUGAUUACUAUAUUUUACUCACUAAUAACAUUACCAUAUAUUAAAACCACAUUUAACAUA